UAACAUCUGCGAGCGUUUACCUCUAUUUACAUCCUAAAUACUAGCAGAUUGACUUUACAUUGUCGCCUGUUGUAUAACUAAGUGGAUUUAUAUAUGAUGAAGUUACUUAUUGUGCUAUGUGGAUUGAUCGCCUUUUUAAGAUCAGCAGAAGCUGGUUCUAGUUCAUCUAGUUCCUAUUACUGCAGAUCUCCGUGUGGCAAAGCAGGUUAUGGGUCUUAUGUGAAUAGUAAUUGUGAUUACUCGAGUUGUUCCAUGUCAAAUAACGACCAGUGCUCGCCUAAAUGUGAAACAUGUGGCAAAUGUGUAGCACGAGCCAUGUUCAAUGGUGUAGACCACGUUAAAAUCGAUACUUCGGAUUGCUUGGGGGGUGUUCCCUUAGGAUGGAUGGCGCCGACCGGUCCAGCAGAUUUCUGUCGUGGUUUUUCACCGGCUGAGAAGAAUAACACCAAGGUACACGCACCAGCAACAACAGGUGUGUGGUUCAAGGUAGAUUCGGGCACUCCAGAUUCCAUAUCAGUCGAUAAAUACUCUGCGAAGUUCACUUCAAAUUGUGGAUGGAACUGCGAUUUCAGUGGUCGAUCGUGGGCCUAUGGACUCUAUCAAACAAGGGCAGAAAGAAAAGGGGUAUGUCGACAGCAUAUCGCACUGGAUGGUGUGUGCCAGCGAUCCAGUUGUGGUGAUGCGAACUGUCAGAACGGGUAUACAAGUGGCCAGACCGCAAGUUCCGUUUGUUUUGGAACCGGAUGUUCCGAAACCUGCUGUGAGCCCGCACCUGCGGAUAAGACCUGCGCCGAGGAGAAGGCGUCAAAUAGUUGCGAUUCUGAUUAUACAUAUGACUCCGAACAGAAUACAGUCCUGGUCACUGACGUAUCGAAAUAUAACGACUUUUGCUGCAAGCCCAUUCCGACCUGUGCACAGAGUCGCACAGAUCUCAGUUAUGAGUGUGGAGAAGGCCGUAGUUUCGACACCGCCGCUUCGGAUGAGCUAUGUGAGACGCGGGACCUAUACUCCAGUGUUUGUUGUAAGGACGCUCCUACUACACCUACUUGUGCGGAAGCGACCGAUCCUGAAGUUUACGAAUGCGAAGACGGGUAUGUACGGAAUGACCUGGCAGCUGGUGUGAGCGUAGAGUUUCCCAUCGACUUCAGCCAGCUUUGUUGCAAGGAUGGCCCGUGUCAGGAUAGCAAUGACAAGUACAUCUUGGAGGUAUUCAAACAGUGUGGAGCGGCUAUAGAAUAGUAUGUUUAGAAAGUCUGAAAUCGAGAACGUUUUCUGGGUACAUUAACGUCCACAUUAAAAGUAUUCUGGCAGCAAGGACUUGUGAACUUGUAAAUACUAAGUGUAUUUGUAUCCAUCGACGAAGCGUGUAUGUAUCCCCGAGUUCAUACUCUCAAUAACUACAUCAGAAGUGUUAUUUUCCGUUAGUCUGCGUUGAUGUUUUCUCUCAGAGUAAUACUCGACAACCUAUCCGAUGUAAACCUCGUUUCAUCUCAAGUUUGAGAAUUCGGCUUGAGCAUAGGCGGGCAUAAGAAAAAUAUAUAUCAAUAAACCCAAAUACUCCGC